UCAAUUAUGGUACAUUUCAGAGAUCACAAUGUCUAAACCUGAUCCCUACGCUGGAAUAGAUUUCGAUGAACUGAAUGACACCACUGGACUCGAGGCCGACGAGAUUAAAUGUCUGAAAACCUGUUUCGAUCUCUUUGACUCGAAAAAGCAAGAUUUUCUGUCUGCUGACGAUCUUGAUGAAAUACUUCGAGCUAUGGGGUUCAGGCCGAGUAAGGAGGAGUUGAUGGAUAUCCUCGCGGAGAUAGAUGAGGACGGGUCCGGGGAGAUCGAGUUCGCGGAGUUCUGUCAGUUGUGUGCCAAGUUUCUGGUGGAAGAUCCUGAUAUAGAAACUAUGAAAAGAGAACUUAAAGAUGCUUUCAGAAUAUAUGACAGGGCUGGAGAAGGAUUUAUAACAAUGGAUACUCUUAGAGGACUUAUAUCAGAACUUCUAGCCCCCCUUUCAGAGGAGGAGCUGGAUGGUAUUAUUGAGGAGUUGGAUGAAGAUUGAUCUGGAACUAUGGAUUUUGAUGAAUUCUGUGAGAUGAUGAUGCCUGCCCCUGUAAACUAGUACUUACCAUGUGAUCCUGGAUAUUUAGAUCCAAUCAUUCUGUAAUCCUGGAUAUUCAGAAUUAACCCUGUAAUCCUGGAUAUUCAUAUGGAGUAAUUCUAUAAUUCUGGAUAUUCAGAUUAACCCCUGUAAUCCUAGAUAAUUAGAUCCAACCCUGUAAUCCUGAAUAUUCAGAUUCAACCCUGUAAUCCUGGAUAUUAAGAUUAACUCAUGUAAUCCUGGAUAUUCAGACCCUGUAAUCGUGUAUAUUCAUAUCUAACCCUGUAAUUCUGGAUAUUCAGACCCAAUCCUGUUAUACUUGAUAUUCACAGUUUAACUCUAGCUUUUUCAAAUCAGGACCUAGGUCUUUGCAGAGGCGCUUCUAACAGUAACUAGGAGUACAGGGAGACAGAGAAAGAUGGCAAAUCCAAGUUAAACGUACACACAUAAGAAACUAAAGGUAUGAAGGAAAAUUCAAGAGGAAAACAAGAUUUUCAACAAGGAAUGCCUGCAUUCAUCUGUCAACGCUGUAUUACCUGGAGAACAGAGUUUUUUUUACCUCUCUGGACCUAGGCUUGCUAUGGAAAAGCUCAACUUUCUCUCCUUAGAAACAGGUCUGUUUAUCCAGUUUUUAAGUAAAACCUACAACCCAUGGGAAACAUGUUAAUAUGAGAAGGACUAAGCUAACUUAAAUUUCUCUCUACAGAACUCAUGUACACCACAAGUACUCAAUAAAAUAAGAACAGCCAAUGUUCACA